AUGGAAGCGAUUUUAGGACCUGUCCUUUUGGGGAAAAAUGGCAACCAGCCAACCUCCUGCCUUAGAGACGCAAAAUAUUUGCUGCUUUAUUUUUCAGCACAUUGGUGUCCACCAUGUAGAGGCUUCACUCCGAAGCUUGGGCUUUUUUACGACUCUGUCAAUUCAGCGCACAAGCAAGUCGAAAUUGUGUACGUCAGCGGAGACCGUACCCCUGAGCAGUUUGCUGAAUAUUAUGACGAAAUGCCUUGGCUUGCUGUACCUUACUCGGAAUCUGCAACAAGGAAUGAAUUAGCUCAAAGAUUCAGAGUUCAAGGGAUCCCUUCGUUAAUGCUGAUUAAUCAUGAAGGAGUAGUGAAGAAAGACGCAUGCAGAAUGGAUGUUACUAAUAAAGGACCUUUAUGUUUGGCCGACUGGGACGCAGCACUCAACUCUUAA